AUGAAUGCUGCCGGCAAUGCUAUCAACCACCCGGAGACGAUGCAGCCGCACCCUAUCAUGCCCGGUUCGCCCUUGACGCCUUCGUCGUAUGCUUGCGACACCCAUGGCUGCAUCGGCACCCCUCCCGCUGCCCAAGGAACGGCAAUGCACGGCCGGAAGUUCGAGGGCAGCUUCCAGAAGGACGUGUAUGCCGACCAGGAGUUCUGCAACGACGUGGGCUACUUGCCAGAAGGCACUCGGCAGAAUCGAGCUGGGAACGCCAUCAACCAUCCUGAGAACAUCGGACAAGACAGCAAUGCUCCCGGAUCGCCUCUGCCCUGUGCCAUCUUCGUGAGCUCCGUCGACUACCUCCCAGGUGGCACGCCGCUGAACCGUGUUGGCAACACCAUCAACCACCCCGAGACCAUCGGACCGGACUUGCAUGUGCCGGGGUCGCCUCUGCCGCCCUCAGUGUACGCUGCCGAUGUGGGCAAUUUGGUUGAUGGAACGCCCUUGGAAACCGCUGGCACCAACUCCGUUCCUGGGACCGCAGAGGAGGAGCAGGACCUGUGGCAGUCCCUGAGAGCCAUCCUGCGGGGAAUCUGCGGCUGCUGCAGGUACUUACCCAGCCCGGCUCCCGAAGAAGAAUGA